UGUUCUCACCGUACUACCACGAGAUGAAGCUGGCACUAUUACUUAUACCGUGACAUCGUCUUGCUAUCGCCAUCCUGAUCUCACCUUCAAAUCGAACACUGACAGGAUAAGACAAGUAUAUAAUCACCUCUCAGGUUCAAACACGAUGUCGGCGGAAACAUGGCAGGAUGUUCCCCUUGCUCCACCCGACAGCAUUUUUAAAUUGACCGCGGCGUAUAAGGCGGAUACGUUUCCUCAGAAGGUCAACCUUGGUGUUGGAGCAUAUAGAGAUGAUGACAAUAAACCUUGGGUCCUUCCUGUUAUCAAGAAGGCCACACAAAUUCUUCUGAAUGAUCCUAACAUCGAUCACGAAUACCUCCCCAUCACGGGUUUACCAGAGUUCAGUGCCGGUGCGGCAAAGCUCAUCCUUGGUGCCGAUUCGCCUGCUAUCGCAGAAGGGCGUGCUGUUAGCGUGCAGACCAUCUCUGGAACUGGCGCAAACCACUUGGGAGCCUUGUUUCUAAGCAGGUUUUAUCAUUGGGACGCCCCAAAGCAGAUUUACUUGAGCAAUCCCACCUGGGCUAACCACCAUGCCAUCUUCAAGAAUGUUGGAAUCCAACCUAUAGAUUAUCCUUACUAUGACCCGGCCACCAUUGGGCUAGACUUUGAUGGUUUCAUUGAAACCCUACAAAGUGCUGCGCCGGGCUCGGUAUUUUUACUACACGCUUGCGCCCACAACCCUACAGGAGUUGACCCUACUCGUGACCAAUGGAAGCACAUCGCUGAAGUCAUUAUCGCCAAAAACCAUUACGCAUUUUUCGACUGCGCUUACCAGGGUUUUGCAAGUGGCGACCUCAACAACGAUGCGUGGGCAGUUAGAUACUUCGUAGAGAAGGGUGUGCCGAUGCUUGUGUGUCAGAGCUUCGCCAAGAACGCAGGUCUGUACGGCGAGCGGAUCGGUGCGCUGCACGUCGUCCCUCCUACGAAGGAUGCUGCAGACCGUGUUAAGAGUCAGCUGUCGGUUUUGCAGCGCAGUGAAAUAAGCAACCCACCGGCUUACGGUGCACGCCUGGUCUCGCUUAUCCUCAACGACAGUGCCCUCUUUGACGACUGGAACCGCGACAUCAAGACCAUGGCUGAGCGAAUCAUAUCCAUGCGCAAUGAGCUUUAUCGACUCCUGACGGAGGAGCUGAAAACGCCAGGCAGUUGGGUUCAUAUCAUCAACCAGAUUGGCAUGUUCAGCUUCACUGGAAUCAACCCAUCUCAGUCGCAAGCACUGAUAGAUACUUUCCACAUUUACUUGACGGCCAACGGACGAAUUUCGAUGGCUGGGCUGAACUCGCACAACAUAAGAUACUUUGCAGAGAGCUUGGACAAGGUGGUCAGGGGGCAGGUGUAAAUGACUUGCGGAUUGCCAGGGUAUCUGAUAGUGAUGUCUUGGAGACGAACGUGUUAGAUCAACUGUAGGUCGCUAGGAACUUUGACAACUCAAAUUUGCGUUACAUAAUCAGCAGGACGUCAGUUAUAAAUAGAUUUCUACUUAUAUUUGGACUGAAUUGUGCAGAAUUUCACCAAACAACGACAAAAUUAACUUUGAAA